UUGGCUAUACUAGAAGUUCGUAUUAGCCCAGACUCUGCCUGCCAUUUUGUAAGAUAGAAGGGUGAUAAUAAAAAGUUUUAUGGUUUUAAAAUUUUUAAAAAGCUUAUUUGCCAAUUUUAUAAGGGCUCAUAACAAAUGUUUAAAUGGACGCUGCGUCCAUAAUAACUCAGGUGUCACGGGAUGACGAGCAGUUAAACAACUAUGGAUCUGAUAGAGGAGCUACUACUGGCGGGCAGCAUGAGGGAGAUGGAACACCAGUAUCAGGUUCUACUCCCAUUGGGACUAAGAAAUCAAGUGGUACAGGUGGAUUCCUCAGAUCGUUAUUGUGUUGUUGGCGUGGUGGUAGAGGAAAAGGCCCACCUAGUGGAAAUGGCACAAAUAGUAUUGAUGGCAGGGCUUCCCCUCCACUCCUUGUUAUGUCAGACCAUGCACCAAGACCGUUACUUCCACCUGUGAGACAUCAGGACAUGCACAAAAAAUGUAUGGUCAUAGAUCUUGAUGAAACAUUAGUCCACAGUUCUUUUAAGCCAAUAAAUAACGCAGACUUUGUGGUGCCGGUGGAAAUAGACGGCGCGGUCCAUCAAGUGUAUGUGCUUAAGAGGCCACACGUUGACGAGUUCCUGCGACGCUGUGGGGAGUUAUAUGAAUGUGUGCUUUUUACCGCAUCGCUGGCUAAAUACGCGGAUCCCGUCGCUGAUCUUCUAGAUAGAUGGGGCGUAUUCCGGGCGCGAUUGUUCCGCGACAGUUGUGUGUUCCAUCGAGGGAACUAUGUGAAAGACCUGAACAGUUUAGGCAGAGAUCUGCGACGCGUCGUUAUUGUUGACAACUCGCCAGCUUCAUACAUAUUCCAUCCUGAUAACGCUGUACCUGUCGCGUCAUGGUUCGACGACAUGACGGAUUCAGAACUGUUGGACUUAAUACCGUUUUUCGAGAAAUUAAGCAAGGUUGACAGUGUUUAUACAGUGCUCCGCAAUUCAAACCAUCCGUACAAUCCCACGCAGAACGCAUCCCCUUCCAUGUAGCGGAGAGUGCGUGCGAGCCCGCAGUGCGUGCGCACGUAUACGCUAGAUUGUAUGAACUGCGACAAUACGAAGUGCGAAGAAACGUGUUUUCACAGUUACGAAAGCUCGAAGUGCGUAUACGCGUACGAAUCGCAUGUACGCGAAUACGAUACGCGUAUAACCCAAGGCUUGAAGGAAACACGUAUACACCAGUCGCGUGUCUACCACCCGUGUCCCACCGAUCGCGAUUUAGCCAACAUACAGACGCACAGGCCGUUUAUAGCGUUCAUACAAACGAUAAUUAACAAGGGAGCGAACUUCGUCUUAAGUGCCAAUUUUGCCUUCUGGAUAGUAAGGACUUUGUUUGUACCUAUUUUACAGUUUAGGUAUUUCUUAGUACGUAAGUGGUCGGUGUGAUUUCACGGCUUGCGACGAAUCCCCGCUGUAGGAAUAUCGAUUUUAUCUUUUUAUAUCGUGCUUGGGAUCAAAUAUGAGUAAGUUUCACCCUCAUUGUAUAUAGGGUGUCCAUAAAUCGGGAUUAAUUGGCAAUAAUUUUUUUAAUACAUUUUAAUAAUAUCGUAAAACAAGACUUUCAUGUACGUACACCUGUACUACACAUUUAUUUGAUUUAUUUUAUUAACUCGAAUUUUAUUUUUUUACCUUGACUAGUUCUGUUAUCAUAGAGUUAUGUAACACAUUUUAAAAAUUUGCGUUUGUAACCUAGAUGUAUACGUACAUCAAAAAUGGUGUAUCAAUAAAAAUCGUGUUUGGGACACCCUGUAUAUAAUAAUGUUACGAAUUUUCGCGAUUCGACUGUUAUUGUAAGUCAUACGUGUAAAUAACAUUUAAAAUCUUAAUAGCUUACGGUACAUUAUUAUUGUGUAAAUAAGCAAUAGAUUAAAAUUCAAGUAUCAAGAUUUUUGCACAGAUAAGACAAAAAUUACAUUAUCAUAAGGAAUGUUCUCGUAAGAAUUGUUACAUAUUUUACAGCGUACUGAAAUUAACGGAUUUUGAGCGUUUCCCGCGCUACAUAUUAAAAUUUCAUUAAAAAUAUGUGUAUUAUGAUAAUGUAAUUUGGUCAAGAUUUGCACAAAAGCAUUAAUGUGAUCGCAAUAAUUUUUUUUCAUAUUUUUCUUGACAAUAAUGUGAAUAUCGGUGUCAUGUUUUAAUCGUAGAAUAAAUCAUGAAGUCAUAGAACGGGUGAAUUUACGUCUUAGAUUCUUUAAAUGUGAUGCCGUCUCUCUCUACACGGUUACUUAGAGUGGGACGGCAGACCAUAAAUUUUUAUCUAAAUAGAUUUUAUACUUUUCAAAGCUUAACAUUUUAUGUGUACAACGUAAAAUAUUAACACAGUAUUAACUAGAUAAGAAUUCGAUGCCAUGAAAUAUAGAACCGUAAGGUUUAAAUAUAUUUUUACACAAUAUAAGAGAGAUUAAACGUCGAAUCUUCGCUUUUUACAAUAUAUAAAAUCAUUCUAUAAAGCAUUCUAAUGGUUGUCGUGAAACGCACGAAUCGAAUUCCCAAGAGAUUGGCGAAAUUUCUGAUAAUCCCUAAGUAAGAUUUGAUAAGUGUGAAUUUGAUGGUGCUUGCAGUAUUAUUAAGCAACGUGUGUUUCCAUUAACGCACAUUUGGCACUAAAUUAAAAAAAAAACAGCAGUUUUCUUAUGGCGCGUGAAUUAUUUAUUAUAUUUUUAUUUUGCUUAGCAAAUCAUGAUUUUAUCGUUUGAGCAAUAUAUUUCUGUAGAUGUAAAUAAGAUUUUUUUAUUUGAUCGUUUUUAGAACGGUUUUGACGAUUCAUUUACUAAUUUAUGUAAAUGUUUGUUAUUUAGUGACUACGGUGUAUGUAUAUACCCUUUUAUACUAGGUUCUAUGUGUAGUUUGUAACCUCUGAUCAUAUACAGUGACCUGUAAUCCACAUUUUUAUUUGCCUCCUAGCGUUAAACUUAGGUGUUUUUCAGAUGCACUAUUCUAAUACGUGAAAAUUUAUCGUAGAUUAAAACGAAUGUAAUAAAGUAAGAACAAAGGCCGUACCUACGCGUCUACGUUAUUAUACGCGUAUACUUGUACGUGCACGCAUUUUAAACUUGUCUCUAAGUGUUCCAGUCUUCACCAUAUAUAUUUACUUUUGGUAUUUACAUCAUAAAGUGUGACUAAAUGAUGUAAAUAGCAUUUAUAAAUAUACUCACACUCUAUUACGACUUAAAUUUAGUCUACCCACCCGAAAUUCGAAUUAAUAAGUCACUUAAAGUGUAAUUAAUUGCCUUAAAUGCACAAUUAUUCGGUUUUGCAAAAUUUCAAUAUGAGACGGUUUCUUUAGGCAACGUCACUGGCAGAUAGAAAUACCGUUUUUGAUUGAGCCACCUAAAGAGAUUUUUAAAAGCAACAAUAUGGACACAGCCUUAUGCGUUAAGCAGGCCGGAUGCCAGUGCGUAUAUAGCCUUACGAGCGUUAUACAACUUAGCAUGCAACACGCUAUCGAUAACACGAUCACACGGCUUCGCGUUAUAUAUGUAGCAUCUCAGUGCUUUUUGAAUUUUUUUAUCGGUAUCACUGCAUAUAGCGAAUCGGCCGUCCUAAUAUACGAUGUGUGUACAAGUGUGUUCUGAUAUGGCGACGCAUUUAAUUGCCGCUCAAACAAUGGGGAUUUUCGUUUUUCAUAUUGCGGUUAUACCAUUACAUGAAUCAUGCAUUCGUUUUAUGCAUUAACAUACAAGUUUCCAUUUUUCUAUACGUUUUAAAUAUAGUACUCAUUUAAGACGUUUACUGCAAAUUGUUAAUGAAUUAAAUUAAAAUGGCGUGGUGUGGAUAAAGUUCGCGCAUCGCUCUGAACAUCUGGACGUAUAAUUCAGCUCUUGUAGAUUUCUUUAGAUGAUUAAUUGCGUCGUCAAAAUCGGAGUACCUUAUAUAUUAAUGUCCGCCUUCGAGCAACGUAAAGAUUUCCUUAUGUGGAUUACGUAUCGUCAUCCAUAAGCCACGGUAGAGCAUUUAAGAUUAAGCAUAACACUAGUUUUAGGAUGUUAUAGUAAUAUAUACGUUGGUUUAUACACAGAUCUUCACAACACUAAGGGCCUGUUUCACAAUGUAUGGAUAAAGUACCAAAUAGCUAUGCAACACAUAAAUUAUUCGAAAGAUAAAAGUUCCGAAUAAGAUACUUCGCGUUUCAUGACGAAUAGCGCUAUCUGACAGUCGUAAAACGCAAAAAUACAGUUUAUCCUAACAAUAAGUAAUAAAUAGCUUAUUUGGAACUUACUACAUUGUGAAACAGACCCUAAAACUUAUAUAUUUCUUUUGAAGCCGAAAUCGUCCAAGUAUGUUAUUUAGUCGUAAUUUCUAUUGUUAAUUUUAUAUACUGCAUGCAAUAAAAUUUGAUUGAUAUUUCGCUAAUGUGAACGAGAUUGGGAAUUCGUUGUUAUAAUUUUUAUAAUGUAUUUAAUAAGUGAGUGCGAGAGAUUAACGUAUCAGAAUAGUGUUCUUUGUUUAUUCGAUUGCACGAUUGUGCCUUUUUAAUCAAAUGAUGCGCCAUAUAUAGAUUUUUUUGUAUGGUACCGUUUCAAUUGCUAUUCCGAAGAUAAAGGUUCAAAGAUAUAUGAAAUGUUUCUAGAAUUUUCUAUAUGGGACAAAAGUUAAAUUGAUUUCUUUUGGAUUUGCAAGGUAAAGUACAAAUCAGUUAGUAAAUGCGACAUCAACAGCAAUUUAGUUAUAUUAUAAGGUUGUGCUUAUACUGUACCACAUAUCAUUUUCAUUCACACUCAAACUGUUCAUUCAUUAUUUUAUAAAAAAUGAAAUAACUGAUUUCUAAAGCAAUAUCUUUUUUAAUUGUAGCUUUUAAAAAAUACAUGAAAUGGUGUUGGAUCAAAGUUCUUGGGCUUUUGAUAAGAAUACUUUGCGAUAUGCGUGGAUUUUGUUUUCAUAGUUCUUCAAGUUAUUUUUUUGGAAGCCAUGUGAAUGUAAAUUAAUAAUUUUGAUGUCAUAUUUUAUGCAUUUAGUUGCGGUGAAUCGAAUCUGUUUAUAAUUGAUUUAUAUAAAUGAAAUUAUUUUUUAUAAAUUAUGAUAAUCAUUAUCUAAAUGAUGUAAUGAAUUUUCAGUGCAAUUUAAGCUCGGGACUUUGUGAAUGUAUCAAUAUUAUAAAAUAGGUGUUGGCUUGUAGAUAUAUUGUACAGCAAAGUACGAAUGUACAGUCGCCUUCAAAUGUAUGUUUCCCAUUUUUAUCAUAUAGCUUAGACUUUGUUAGCUUCGUAACGGAUAUGUAGGUCUGCAAUUUUUAAAAAUUCAAAUCGUACCGAUUAAUGAUGAAACGGCAAAAAAUUGUCAAAUAGCAUUUUUUAAACUGGUGUGGUGCUCAGCUCGGCUAUUAUUAGCAAACAAUAUCUAAUUUAUAUACCCAUAAUUCCCCAUCGUUAAAAUAUUUUUGAAAGCGACUGUACCUGAAAAUGAGAGGAUAUAUGUAAUAGCCACGAUGUAUAGGGUAUCUGGAUAAGCUAGGUGACAUUUACUUGACACGAAAUUUAUAUUAUGGUGUACAUUUUUGAUAUGAUGUUGUACAAAAGAGACAUUUGGUAUGUUAUUUUAUAGGAUUGAAAUAAAUAGCCUUAAUAAAAA